CCAUGUCGCGGACAGCGCGCGCCGCCCUUUGUUCCCCUUAUCGCUGACACGAGGACAUCGUCUCAUAAGUGAACGCAGAGCGCACAGCAGCGCACACACGCAUCGUCGCAAGCCACGCAUCGCGAGAGCCCUAGCUGUCCGACGGAUUCCCCGCGCCGACGCCGGAUCUCCGCGGACCCUGGGUGGGACGACAUCUGGCAACCACGAUUUGCCGGCGAACACGCCGCAGCCGGACUUGAGACCAGGUACACUCUGACCUGGUGCUACAGCGGAUCUCCCUCUUGGUCCGAGCGCCAACGGAAGCCAUGGCCGACACUGCCCAGCUCCUGUUUCCCGUCACCGUGGAGAGCUCGGAAAGCACCGAGUUCGACUGCGUGGUGAUCGUCGGCACGGGCUUGGACGCCACGAACCUCCAGGGUGGCAUCCUCGACAAGUACCGCGAGCCCCUCGUCGCCUACAAGCAGGUAGACAAAAAUGCUGAAGAUGAGGUGUUUGUUCUGAAUCUGCCGGAGAAGUUUAGCAUCAGGCGCCUUGUCUAUUCGCCGACCGGACCGCUCAACCGUGACUUCGACGAUGUGCGUGCCUUCGCUGACGCUGCCUGCAAAGGUGUCAAAAGGGCCACGGCUGCAGGCAGCACCAAGCCCCUCGUGGUUCUUCCAGCCAAGUCCGGAAGCUUCAAAAGCUAUGACGUGGUCACGGUCCUCGGCACCCUCCACGGACUCUACGUGCCCUUGGAGAUUCGGGAGGACGUUCCAAGCCGAAAACAAAAAGUUACUCGGCUAGGCUUCGCCAACUUCCCAGCGACCGUGCCGAACGGCGACAAGUCCUUCAAACUUGCUUUGGCCAUCGAGAGAGCCAGGAUCGUGUGCCGUGACAUCGGCGGCAGCGACCCCGAGCGCAUGGCGGCGCCCCGUGUGGCAGAGUAUGUGCAGCAAGUGUUCAAGAAUUCACCGGUCAAUGUGGAGAUCCUUGCUGACGACGGCCGCAUCCUGAAAGAGUACCCGCUGCUGGCCGCUGUCAACAGAGCUACGAAAAAUGUUUCAAGGCAUCAUUGCAGGAUGAUACACCUCACUUACACUCCCGAGGGGCCGAUCAAGAAAACACUGUUCUUAGUCGGAAAGGGCGUGACGUACGACACUGGUGGCGCCGACGUCAAAGCCGGUGGCCACAUGGCCGGCAUGCAUCGCGACAAGUGCGGUGCCGCGGCUGUGGCGGGCUUCUUCAAGGUGCUGAGCGAGCUUCGUCCCAAGGGCGUUAAAGUGUACGGUGCUAUGGCGAUGGUCCGAAACAGCAUCGGCUCAGAGUGCUACGUGUCUGAUGAGAUCAUCACAUCACGUGCGGGCGUGCGCGUCAGGAUUGGAAACACCGACGCCGAAGGACGCAUGGCCAUGGCGGACGCUCUUUGCGAGUGCAAGGAAAAGGCACUGAACGAAGUGAACCCACGCAUAUUCACCAUCGCUACCCUGACUGGACACGCAUGCAUCGCUGUUGGAGACGGCUAUUCGAUCAUCAUGGAUAACGGCCCAGCCCGUUCGAACGCCGUGAGCGGCACCGUGCAAGCUGCAGGUGACGAGAUCGGAGACAUGUUCGAAGUGUCCACAGUUCGCCGUGAGGACUUCAACUUCGUGUGUGGUCCGUCUGAGUACGAAGAUCUGAUUCAGUGUAACAACGAGCCGUCGUCGCGUACUCCGAGGGGCCAUCAAAUGCCAGCCGCUUUCCUCAUUAAGGCAUCGGGCCUGGACAAGCACGGCCUGGACUCCGAGCGACCGCUCUGCUACUCGCACAUCGACAUCGCCGCCAGCUCCGGACCGUUCCCAGGUGUGCCGACCGGCGCUCCCAUCGCGGCUCUUACUCAGGCUUUUCUUGUGGAGUGAAUCUGCGGGACUUCUUUCACGGACAACCGUUGAGAUGCAUUACAGGCCAGAUUAGUAUACGCAAACGCCAGCCGGAGCUGCAAAUGAGAUUAGGUCUGUUUUGUGAUUCGCCCAGUGGCCAGUAAUUUUUUAUAAGUAUGAUUUACAAGCUUUAUUUUAUACCCAUCGAAUGAAUUUACUCAAUAUAGUUUUUAUCAAUUGGAGAUAUUUUUAAUCGUGUCUUUGUACUUAAGAACUAAAAUAAAAAUAUUGGGACUGUGCUCUUCUUGAAACGAGUUGCACGUACUCGACUCGUUGAUGUGGAAACUGAACAACACGUGAAAUGUUACUAGGGUUACAAAUAACAAAACUCUUGCGUCAUAAUGUUAAUUGUUUUCCUCUCUCUCUCUCUUUGAUGCUGAUGAGAGGGAGAGAGAAGGACGGUUGAGGAAAGGUGAUGCUGUUAUGGCGCCCAAGGGAAAAUUAACUUUACAUGUUCGCAUGAUUACAUCAGACCGUAUACGUACGCCAGACUGAGUUCAAAAGCGAAAAACGUUUUUUUUUGUGAUGUUACUAUAGUUCAUGAGAUCAUAAGUAUGGUUAGCCGAACAAAAGGUUAAACAUGCAGGCAAAUGAGGAUGUACGUGAACGUUAAAGGAGACAGUUGCACGGAACAUCGAUUUCGCCGAUAUAUAGCUUCAACCCUGCAAAAUCCUUGCUUAUUCCACACUCCGCGAUGCCUAUCUGUAAUAACAGCAGAAGCCGAGGCUCAACUAUUCAAAUUACACAAAUUAUUCGGCCUAGCUUGUAAGACUGAGCUAAAUUGCGGCAUCAACUCGUACUCGCUGACUGCUUCGCAUGAAAUCGAUUCCCGGUGCGCGGAAUCUGUUGGAAUUUCUUGCGGGAGAUCUGUUUAUGCCAACCGUCCUUUGUAAUCGGCGAACAGAAAAAAAAAGCCGUAAUUAUGCCAUCAUGAACCGGCACGCGCUAUCGCCCUCUUCAUCGUCUGAUUCGCUCCUCGGUACAUGGGCGCCGAACUGUUUGUUGUGGGAUCGAAUAACUAUGACGGGUGAGAGGACGAGUGCAGAGAGAAUGAGAGAGAGAGAGAAACGUAAAGAGAAAUAGAUGCAUUGUUAGCGAAUUAAGCUCGUCAUGAUCCGAAGGCGAACAUUGUAACCAGUCGGCUAUCUAGGCACGCUAACGAAGUAUAGUAUAGCAUAGCAAGAAUUCGGGACAGUGAAGUGCAGGGGAGGAGGAAAGAUGUGGAGAAAGGAGAGAGUAAAGCAUAGCAUAGAAAUGCGGAGAAAGAUAAAAGGUGAAACAGAGAGAGAGAAAUAGAAGGAACAAGACAUCGAAACAAAUGUAUACUAUACAGAAAGAACGAAAUAGAAAAAAAA